AUGGAUAGCGCUACACUUGGCACCCGGUGUGAAAAAUGCCGGAAGCUAUCGAAGGCGGUCAACCAAGAGCGAUUCGAAGGUGUAUUCUCUCAUUCCAAGACCUUUAAGCAGCUGGAUGCCUCAGCUGCCACUGGAUGUCCGCUAUGUCAGAUUCUGCGUCGCGUUCUAGUGUUCAGCGCCCGGGACAUUGAGGAAAUCCAGCUCGGCACUCAGAUCGAGGUGACAUCCUUGAAUUCUAGCAGUGAGAGGCCCAAGAGUUUGGCUGUCUUUAUGGCAGACUCGGAAGAUGGCAGGUUCGUGGGAACAUUCUACCCAGCAAGAUACACUACCAUUGAGCCUAUCCGGCAGUUCAAGUCUCAAGAUAGAGAAACAGACCUUGAACACCUCGUUCAAGAGCGCAUCCAGACUUGGAUCAAAACAUGUUGCGGAGACCAGGGAAGAAAUGCACAUGCCUUGUGCAAUUUUCGGCACGGUCAAACCAGUCUCUGUACUCACAUGGAAAAGCCUCCGCUACCCAAUAGAGUCAUCGACGUAGGGGUAAAAGGAGGUUCACCUAGGCUCUAUGUACCGAAACUCGAGCAGGGAUCAACGGUAUUCUCCGAUUAUCUCAUCCUCAGUUAUUGCUGGGGCAAAGGAAACCUCAAUGCCCGCACAACAAGAGACAACUUUGAGCAAAGACGACGCGGGAUCGACCUCAAGGAUCUGUCUCAGACCAUACUUGAUGCCAUUGACGUUACUCGAGCACUGGGUUACCGAUACCUCUUUGUCGAUGCUAUAUGCAUCAUCCAACACAACAAAGGAGAGGACGCCACCGACUGGUUCGCAGAAGCCCCUUUGAUGGGAAGAUACUACCAGAACGCUUUGUGCACUAUUGCAGCUACUGGGGCGUACGACAGCAGCGAUGGCUUCCUCAACGAGAGACCAGGUGAACUAUACCCCGUCUCGCCAAUACUGCUGGGGCAAUACAAUGAUUCGGAGGAGGAGGGCCAUCAGCUCCGACAAAUGUACGCCGACCCUUCCCACCCUCUCUGGCUAUUUAAUGUUUCGAAUUCUCCCCUGUAUGAUCGAGGCUGGACUCUCCAGGAGCGAUCCUUGUCAAACAGAGUAAUUCAUUUCGGUCGUGAUGCAGUCUUUUGGGAAUGUGCCGAAUUGCAGGCAUCCGAAUGUUUCCCGGAAGGCGUACCACAGAGCGAAUUCAUUUCAUCUGUCGAUCGUUCUCAUCAGCAGCUUCUACGCUCCAAAGACACUACGAGGGAGCAAGCGCUUGGGAAAUACUGGUUCCAGCUCGUAAGAGAGUACGCAUCCAUGGACUUUACCUACUUUGAAGAUAGAUUGGUUGCGAUUCAAGGAGUUGCAGAGAGGACGCAGCUGUUCUUCCCUGACAGAUACGUUUGCGGCCACUUUGUGUCUCAGCUUAUUUUCAGUCUGGCCUGGUAUGGAUCUGGAAGCAUCUGUACUGAGCUCGACAGAACCAAGAUGGGGCCAUCCUGGUCCUGGGCUUCGUCAAAGAUGAGCAGCGUCGACUUUGCACAUCUCUCCAGCCCUAGAUACGAGGAAGAAGCUAGGCUAUUGAGCGUGCAAGACUCUCUUCACUCCCCCUCGAGACCCCCUCAAUCAAGGAGAGAAGUUGUGUUGGAUACUCUUGUUCGAUCUCUCCAGGUAUUGCGAAUGAGACACGAUGGUGAGGGUCUGAAUAUAACCCGUGGUGCUGCCGUGGACGCUCAAGGACGUGAUAUUAGAGCAAGGAUCUUCUUUGACGAUCCUGCAAGCAUGCCAGAAGAUCUAGAGCCGACGUUUGAGAUCGCCUCGGUUCUAUACGAGGUUCCUUACGUUGGCCAGAUUAGUCGCGGAUGUUUAAUCUUGUCACGAACGACAGGAGAGAUGGGAAAGGAAGACGUCUUUGAGCGUAUUGGGUGGAUGGAGCUUCUGGAGCCCUCAGGACAGCCUGAAUGGAAGAGAAAGAAUGUCACCAUUGUCUAA